AUGAAGAUCAACCAGAACACUGUGCUGCAAGGAAAGAGGGUGACGCUGGUGCCAUACACUUCUGCACAUGUGCCCCGGUACCAUGAGUGGAUGCAGUCGGAGGAGCUGCAGCGCUUACCGCUCAGCCUGGAGCAGGAGUAUGAGAUGCAGCACAGCUGGCAGAAUGACGCUGACAAGUGCACCUUCAUUGUGCUGGACACAGAGCGGUGGUCCAGGCAGGCGUGUGCAGAUGAGGACUGCAUGGUGGGGGAUGUGAAUCUCUUCCUCACCGAUGCUGAGGAUCCAACGCUGGGCGAGAUUGAAAUUAUGAUUGCAGAGCCCAGCUACCGAGGCAGAGGGUUUGGCAAGGAGGCAACUCUGAUUAUGAUGUCCUAUGGAGUAAGAAACCUGGGGCUCACUAAAUUUGAAGCUAAGAUUGGUCAGGAAAAUGAAGCCAGUAUCUGCAUGUUCAAAAAGCUUCAUUUUAAGGAGGUUGCUGUGAACAGCAUUUUCCAAGAGGUGACGCUGAGGCUGGAUGUCAGUGACCAGGAGAGACAAUGGCUCCUGGAACAGACAAACCACGUGGAGCAGAAGAGCUACACUGAACUGAAGCUGCCAGCUGGGGUGCUGGAAACCCAACAGACACAUCCACACACAGGCGUGGUUUCCAAGGAGUAG